AUGGACUGCGAUAUCGAAUUAGCCGGCCCAACUACUCUUGGGUGGGGCAUUGUUGGGGCUCAUUUGACUGCCAGGGGUACCACGAAUGUUGAAAUUGAAGACGAAGGAGAACCGUCCAUAAAUGCGAGCGGGGUUAGAAGGAGAGGUAAAUGGCGCCUCUCGGCUAUCGUUCUCGCCCUUUUCGUAUCAGAAUUCGUGGCAGCAUUAGACGCAACAAUCGUCGCAACAGCUGCUCCUACCAUUUCGCGUGAUCUCUCGUCCGCAGCGGGGUAUACUUGGAUUUCAGGUGCAUAUCUCUUGGCGAACGCGGCUUCGAGUCCCAUUUGGGCAAAACUCUCUGACAUUUGGGGGAGAAAACUAAUUGUCUUGCUUGCAUUGACAUGCUUCUUUGCAUCUUCUGCGAUUUGUGCUACUUCGAAGACAAUGUAUGCCCUCAUUGUUGGAAGGGCAUUUCAAGGAGCUGCGGGAGGAGGGCUCAUUCUACUUGUCCAUGUAUGCAUUAGUGAUCUGUUUAGCUUACGACAACGGAGCCUUCUCAUGGGGCUCACCGAGGGGAUAUGGGCUUUAGCUGGAGGUGUGGGUCCAGUAUUAGGAGGUGUCUUCGCCUCACUUGUAUCAUGGAGGUGGUGUUUCUACAUCAAUCUGCCCAUCAUCGGGCUUACAUUCGCCCUGAUUCUGCUCUUCCUCGAUAUCAAACACGAGCACACAUCUUUUAUAGACGGAAUAAAGGCCAUCGAUUGGAUUGGGAUAUUCACAUUUCUAGGGUUUACAUUGAUGGUACUCCUCGCCCUCGAUUUCGGGGGAGCUAUCUUCCCAUGGGACUCGGUUAAAGUCAUCGCGCUGCUUGUUGUUGCCCUGGUGAUUAUGAUCUUUGUGUUUAUCUAUAGUGAAGCGCGAGUUGCGAGAUACCCCUUAAUUCCUAUGGAAAUCUUUAAGAAGAGAACAAACGUCGCUUCCUUCAUGGUUGUAGCUUUCCACGGAUUCGCAUUCAUCAGCGCAGAAUACUACAUGCCACUAUUCCUCCAAUCUGUCCUAGAAGCUACUCCUCUGAUAUCCGGUCUCCUACUCCUCCCCCUCGUUGUCACAACCGCAAUCACUGGCCUCACCAGCGGCGUCAUCAUCCACCGCACAGGCCGCUUCCGCGAACUGAUCUGGACUGGUACCGUCCUUCUAUGUAUCGGCUUCGGACUCUUCAUCUCCUUCACUGCCCACACUACCAAAGCCCAAGUCAUCGGUUUCCAAAUUCUCGCUGGCGGAGGCUCAGGACUACUUUUCGAAACGCCUCUUAUCGCCGUACAAUCCCAAGUCGCUCAAGAUGACGUCGCAACCGCAACUUCCACGCUUAAUUUCAUCCGCAACAUGGCGCUUGCUAUUUCCGUCGUCAUCGGCGGCACGAUUUUUCAAAAUUCGAUGGACGAUCGUGCGAGUUCACUACGAGCUGCUGGACUCCCUUUGCCACUUCUCAAUAAUUUUUCCGGCAAGAGUGCGGCGGCAAAUGUCAUGCUGGGUAGUACGCUAGAGAAUCCGGCUUGGGAACUUGCUAUAAAGGAGAGUUUUGCGUGGGCGAUUAGAAAUAUGUGGAUCUGUUUUACCGGGAUUGCCUUCUUGGGUGUUGUUGCUGGAGUUUUUAUUGAGGAUGCGCAUUUGGGGACUGAGCAUACGGAGACGGUGACUGGGAUUAAGAAAGAGAAGAGGAAUCGGGGAAGCGAGAGGUAG